GGCUGAGUUUCCACCCUAAGCGGCCCUGGAUCCUUGCUAGUCUUCACAAUGGAGUCAUCCAGCUGUGGGACUAUCGGAUGUGCACACUGAUUGACAAGUUUGAUGAGCAUGAUGGUGAAAUGAGUUUUGUAGCUAAUUUCAACAACAAAAAAUGUAAUGCACUGAUUGGUUAUUGAUUAUGAUGUUUGUUUUUAUUGUGAAGGCCCUGUCAGAGGAAUUGAUUUCCACAAGCAGCAGCCUCUGUUUGUGUCUGGAGGCGAUGACUACAAAAUCAAGGUUAGACAUUCAUAUUAGGGAUGUGACAAAUGGACAAUUUUGCUUAGCGCUUAAACUGCCAUAAAAAAAAAAAAUGGUUUUCCGUUAAAAUUAUAAGAAAAAAAUCCUACAAUUCCAUGUCAAUUCACAAUGCAGAAUAAUGGUCCGAUUUAUGUAUGUAUGACCGCUAGGGCCGGGUAAUGAAAUGAUAUCUACCGCAGUCAUAUACCCUUGAAAGCGCCUCGGCUACAUCGUGUUUGUUUGUCUGUAAGGGUAUACUACGGCUCUUUAACACUAGAACCGCCUGACCUUUCAGCCUGUUAGUACCUUCUAGAGAACAUUGCUAACGUUACCGGGCUUUCUCUUUAGCAUACGCAUCAGAUGCAUAUCAACCCGCAAGGUUGCACAGAUAUUCUUGGAGAAAGUGAUAUUUGGAAAUAGAGCUGCACCUCUUGAAUUGAGUUAUUUGAAAAAAGUUAGUGUCAUAGAAAGUGCAGAAUGUUCUUUCUGAUACUAUAUAGAAAUCAAAAAGUUGUACCUGCAUGUGACUCUGAAGGAGGAUUUGAUGAAGUGAUGCUCCUUUCCCUGCAUCUGUCAAUUCCAAGCUGCGCCCAUCUCUUUAUGUGCAAUUUGACAACUUAUAAUAUUGUCACUAAACAGGGGACUUUACAUCUAAUAGGUUAAUCUUUAGGCAAACUCUUAUGUGUGAAAUGAGUUUGGGUAUUGUUGAGGUGUAGUUUCGAUGGGCCGGCUGCGCAGGCUGACUGGCAUCGUUUGCUUCCCCUCGCUCAUCAACUCGGAUAGAGUCAUGGAUAUGUUUUUGCAUUAUUCCAAAGGCCUACUGCAACAUGUAGGAUAUUUUUGUUUCCCUAACAAUACAUUUGAUUAGUAAUAGAAUUAUAGUAAAUAAAACAGUCCCGUAACAGCUUCUUUAUACAAAGUCAAACAUAAAAGAGGAUGAUAUCAACCUGUAAGGUGCGUGGUCAAAUUAUUUGUUAUAAACAUGAGUGCCAGCGCUGAUAAAUGUGCAUAACACAAACUCAUCAUUACACUAUUGAUGUUCUAAAUUACAUCAACCUCUGUCCUACAGCACAUUGUAUUGGCGGGUUAAGUUGUGAAUAAGUAUGAAGAACAAAAAAACUGGUGAAGGCUCAAUACUUUUCUGUUUGAUUAAAAAAAUUCGGACAAAUGAGCAAUGUAAAAUACAAACAUUUAGGAAGUGAAGGACAUAGUUCUGUUUAUUUUGGGCCGAUUAAAAAAAGAAAAAAUAAUUUGAUUUAUUAUUUCAUAUUUAUUUACAAAAUCUAGGCGAUUCUAGUGUUUAGGCGGUUCUAGUUUUAAAUGCCGACAUGAAACCUCUGGAGAUUUCAAAAGCGCCACUGAACGGGCAUUUUACUUGUCUGUAAAGGAAUGCAGUUUCUGAAGCAGGACUAACUUCCUUCACUAGGCAACCAGAACUGUCAAUCAAAUAAUCUCAAGCUGCCUGCACACAGCCUGCCUGCUUCCUUCCAGACCACUCUUUCCUAAAAAAAUACUUUAAAGUUACUUAAAUACUGUGACUUACCAAGACAUUUAGUAGAAAGAGAACACAUCUUCCGCUAUGAAUUGACUCCUAAGAUUCAGUGUCUUCAGUGAAAUGGAGGAGACUGAUUAGUUGCCGGAAUUCCGAGAACACAAACACUUGCAUCUUUCAUAGCGAGCUAACAAGGGAGCGAGGGGAGGGGCCCAAUAUAGGCAGGUCGGCCACCAGGCAGACUGAGUCAGAACCAUGCACUAGGCCUAUCUAUCGGCAAUCAAAAGCUGUAUCUCGCAAUGGAAUGCUGUAUUUUGCAAUUUCUUGGCUUGCAAUGUCUCGCAACUUCAGUAAAGCAGGGCCUAUCAUCAAUGAAUAGGCUAGGAUAUUCUACACGCAACAGACCAAAGACUGAACUCAUCAUUAGCGAGGAGAAAGAGCAGGCGAGCCAGCUGCACAGUGAUUUACAUUUUGUGGGGGGAAAAAACAUUGUUUUCCAUUAGGGAAUUUUCUUAACGUUAAGGAGUUUGGUUUAACGUUUAAACAUUUACACCCCUAAUUCAUACACCCUCACCCGCAUAUAUUUGUUUUAGCUGAGAAUACAUUCUAAAACAUACUGGAAAACUGUGAUAAUGAUGUCACUGCACUAUUAACUAUUUAUCUCCCUUUACCAGGUGUGGAACUACAAGCUGCGGCGUUGCCUCUUCACUCUUCUUGGACACCUGGACUACAUCCGCACCACCUUCUUCCAUCAUGUGAGUCCUUUCUUAUUUUUACACACAAAAUGGCUAGCCUACAUCCAUUUUGUUGUCACUUACAUUAAGGCCCAACCUUUGAAUGUCAUGUUUAUCCCUUAGUUUCAUGUUCUCAAUAGUUCUGGCAUAGAAUGACAUAUAGCCCUAAUGCGUUCUGAAACCCAUUCCUUUCCUUUCUCCAGGAGUAUCCCUGGAUUCUGAGUGCCUCAGAUGACCAGACCAUCCGCAUCUGGAACUGGCAGUCCAGGACAUGCGUCUGGUAAGUCUGUGCCUGAGCCAAGAGUUGGCACCUCACUGAAACCUCACUGAAACAUGCGUCUGUUUUUCUAAUAGUAAAUUAUGAUAUACUUUUUGUGUUUCUCUCCUGCAGUGUCCUGACUGGGCAUAAUCACUAUGUGAUGUGUGCUCAGUUCCACCCCUCUGAGGACCUGGUGGUGUCGGCUAGCCUGGACCAGACUGUGCGCGUGUGGGAUAUCUCUGGUGAGGUCGUGGGGAUGGAACUCAGGGUAGUGGGUGGGGGGGGUGAGGUUUGGGGAGGGGGUUGAGUGAUAUGAAAGGAAGCCAGGGACAGGACAUGUCCUGAACCCCUUCUUCCUCUCCUCUUUGUAGAGAAUGAAUCUCUAUGGGCUGUUUGCAGAAACACCUCUCUCCUUAGUUGAGAUGGACAGGUGAAUAAAAAGAGUGAAAAGGAUAUUGUUUUAGAAUAGAGGAAAAGGAUGAUGCGAGCAUAGCUAUGAACAGAACUAAAGAACUUUCAGUGAAGAUUUGUAGAGCAAGGUGGUUAAAUGAGGUAAGGUAACACUUUGUUAGAUGGUGAGAUAGAGAGAGAAUAUGGGAGAGGUGUUUCUGUGCUUCUGCAUGUUUUAAUAUCUACUUGUCGUCUGAUGGUGUUUCUUGCCUGUCUUUCCAUCAUUCUUUUACUCUUCUCAUUCACUAACCCAUUUUAGGUAUUCAAGUUUCCUACUUCAUUCUCAACUCACACACUACACAUCAUUCUGUUCUUGCCACCUUUGGUAGAUCAGUGUUGGCAUGCAUUGCUUCAGUGACUAAUAACCAAAUACAAUUGUAUUUGUCACAUGCUUUGUAAACAAAAGGUGUAGACUAGUAGUGAAAUGCUUACUUAUGGGUGCUUCCCAACAAUACAGAGAGAAAAGUAUAGAAAUAAUAAUAACACAAGGAAUAAAUACAUAAUGUGUAAUAAUAACUUGGCUAUAUACACAGGGUACCAGUGCCGAGUCGAUGUGUGAGGUUGAGGUAGAUAUGUACUGUAGCUCACUCCUGUGCAGCUGGGAGGUGUGGGAAUUCCCUUAUUUAUUCUCACUAUUCUGUGUGCAUGAAUGUCCCAGAUUACAUGAUAGCCAGCCACUGUCUCCAGGCUCAGUUGGCCAUUACAAUUUCACCCCUCAAAUACCCUAAGGAAACUAUAUUAGGCAUCAGCGCCGUGCUACCACUCACUAUUAACUGCUCUCAUUGAUGAUAGCACAUCCCUCUCAAACUUAACAAUUGUUAUUACCCUUUACUAAUAAGUAAUAAAUAUGCAUGAUAUAAUUCUCCACCUGUGCAGUGCGCAAUGCCUCCAUGGCACAGUCAGUAAUACUUUAAGAAGUAGCCAUAACAUCCCCUUUCAGACUUUAUCGAUAUCUUUGCAUUUCCUGAUUAAUGCUGUAGAUUAUGUUUAACUGGUCAUUGAUAAGCUUGUUGGUCAGUAAGCAUGAACUCUUAGCAUGACUCAAACCUCAAAGCAGCAGAAAGAUGUUUCAUUUGUAGCAGUAUCUAACCCAAGCAUGGACUCUCCAAAAUACUACUCACCCCUCCUGACAUUCAACGCCCAAUCAGAGCAUCUCUUUACAACCCAAUCACCACCUCCACCAACCAAAUCCACCCCUUCCCACUUCCACCUGUGUCACCUGUCCCCAUGCUCCCCCUGGAAACAUCCACACCUGCACAUGGGUUCCUAGUGCAGUUCACCUUCAUGAAUCCUCUUCUUGAUCCUGUUGGCUUAUUUAUUCACCACAUGAUUUCCCUGGGCUAGCGACACUGAAACAAACUGUGUUCUCUCCAUAUUAAGCGUGUGUUCUGACUCGACUCUUGGACGUAAUCUUUUUGUGAUUGAUUAACUGUAAUCCAAUGAGGGGAACUGUGAUGCUCUUUGUGUGUUGGUGAUUAAUUAACCCAAUCAACUCAAUGGCUGUUUUGAUGUGCUGAUUAUAGAGAUGAUAGUUCCUGGACUCGAGUUAGGACCACACUGAGAAAACAGGUUGUGUUGUUGCUUUUCAGUGCCAGUGUGUGUGUGUGAGUGUUCCAACAGCUACGUUUGUGUGUUAGAGCUCUCAAAUCAUGCACUCCCUUUCCUCUCACUGAUGGUAUCUCUUUGAGUGUAUUAACGUGUGUCGAUCUGUCUCUUUCUCCCUCCCUGUAUGUGGGUGGCCCUGUGCAACAUGUAUAUGAAUUCCCCUUGUGUGCGGUGCUAUUCAUGUUGGUUACAGGUCUGAGGAAGAAGAACCUCUCUCCCAGUGCCGUGGAUACUGAGGUGCGAGGCAUCUCUGGCGUCGAUUUGUUUGGCGCUUCCGAUGCCGUCGUCAAACACGUGCUCGAGGUGAGUCAUUAAUGACUGUUGGAAGUAGUCAGUGUUUCCCCUAGGGUUGUUUUCAACAGCGGUGUCAAAGUUAGCGUGGGGGGUGUGGUAGUAAUGGGUGUGGUCAAUGUUGCUGUUUUAGCGCAAAUUUCCUGCAAUUUUACAUAUUUUGCCAUGGGGCAGAGAGACAAAUGCAGUUUUAGCGCAAAUUUCCUGAAAUUCUACACAUUUUGCCAUGGGGCAGAGAGACAAAUGCAGUUUUAAGCGCACAUUUCCUGCAAUUCUACACAUUUGCCAUGUCUUAUGCUGUGUUCUUAUGCCAUCUGAGUGACUCCAACAUAAUAAAAUCAAUGGGGGCCCCAUGCCAUGUCAUGUUUUUUAAUUUUAGAUUAUACCUGUGUAGUUUUGAUUUUGAUUGUUAGUUCUCAAAGAUGAUCUUUUUUUAAAAUAUAUAGCUCCAUUAUCUUUUCUACAUACUUUAUAUCUGGUUUUAGUCGUUUAGGUUUACACUGAAAACUUUUUACCAUCCCGGAAAUUAUUAAAAUUAAAUAGUAUUCACACCCCUUGACUUUUUCCACAUCUUGUUGUUACAGCCUGAAUUUAAAAUGGAUUAAGUUAUUAUUUUUUGUCACUGGCCUACAGACAAUACCCCAUAAUGUGAAAGUAGAAUUGUUUUUAUAAAUUUUUACAAAUUCAUUAAAAAUGAAAAGCUGAAAUGUCUUGAGUCAAUAACAUUUCAACCCCUUUUAUGUCAAGCCUAGAUACGUUCAUGAGUGAAACAAGUCACAAGUUGCAUGGACUCACUAGCCCUGUUUCCACUGGCACUUAAAAUUAGGGCCAAAUUCGAGCUUCUCUAAUGUAAUUCUCAAAUUCGAGCUGGGUCGAGGGAAACCCUGGGCCAGCGCAGCCCAUUUUCACAAUUGGUGCCAGGUCGAAUUCUAAUUAGAAUUCGGGUUGGUGACGCCGUUACUAUGCAACAACCAGCUGAUCACUGCUGGAUGCUGACACCACGUUUAGCUAGCUCGUCUGGGCUUGUUGCUGUUCGCUAGCACAUGGACAAGCAGUACUGCAGUAGUCAGACAUGACACGAAUUACCACCGUAGCUGGAUCCUUUAUUCAUUUUUGCACUACAAACUUUUAUGAGAACAGUCAGCCCUCGAAUGCUAGCUACCAAACGUUAGCUAGCACAUCAGAGUGGAAACAAGCUAUCAUAUCAAACCUGUCAUCUGGUUUGCUUGGUUAGCUAGUAGCCAAUGCCAUGGCAAGCAAGGUAGGAAUUAAACUAGAUAGCUAGCUAGCCUGUUAUGCUAGUGACGACGCUAACCAUUUAGCUAGCUAACAAGCUAAAAAUCCUAUCUAAAUACAUGGCUCUGAGUCUGGCUGGCAGUGGCAGGAGUAUGGGGUAACCUUAGUUACAGCAUGGUGAGGGUGAAUACAAUUCUUCAACAUCUUACUAGCUAGCUAGCACCAUUAGCGAAGCCAGCUGCACAGUCACAGCUACCUAGCAACAUUACAUAAUUUCUUAGUUCUGGAGGCAGUGGAAACUCAAUUUGAGCUAGCCCACCAAGGCCAGCCCAACCCGGGUUGACUUUACAAGUGCCAAUGGAAACGUGGCUUCUGUGUGAAAUAAGUGAUUUUUGAGUGACUACCUCACCUCUGUACCCCACACAUACAAUUAUACCCAGUCACUACAAAUAUACAGGUGUCCUUCCUAACUCCGUUGCCGGAGAGGAAGGAAACCAUUCAGGGAUUUCACCAUGAGGCCAAUGGUGAUUUUAAAACAGAGUUUUAUGGCUGUGAUUGGAGAUAACUAAGGAUGGAUCAACAACAUUGUAGUUACUCCACAAUACUAAGCUAAUUGACAGAGCAAAAAGGAAGCCUGUACAUAAUAAAAAAUACUGCAAAGAAAAUGUGGGAACUUUGUCCUGAAUACAAAGUGUUGUGUUUGGGGCAAAUCCAAUACAUGACUGAGGACCACUCUCAUAUUUUCAAGCAUAGUCUUGGCUUAAUCAUUACAUUUUUACAUUUACAUUUUAGUCAUUUAGCAGAUGCUGUUAUCCAGAGUGACUUACAGUUAGUGAGUGCAUACAUUUUUCAUAAUGGUCCCCCGUGGCAAUCGAACCCACAACCCCGGCGUUGCAAGCGCCAUGCUUUACCAACUGAGCUACACGGGGCUACAUGUUAUGGGUAUGCUUGUAAUGGUUAAGGACUGGGGAGUUUUUCAGGAUAAAAAAAAGAAACAGAAUAGAGCUAAGCACAGGUUAAAUCCUAGAGGAAAACCUGGUUGUCUGCUUUCCACCAGACACAGGGAUGAAUUCCCCUUUCAUCAGGCCAAUAACCCAAAACACAAGGCCAACAAAAAGAAAAGAUUAAGAUGGGCAGUUUUGAGAUAUGGCUUUUUCUUUGGAACUCUGCCUAGAAGGUCAGCAUCCCGGUGUCGCCUCUUCACUGUUGACAUUGAGACUAGUGUUUUGCGGGUAUAAUUUAAUGAAGCUGCCAGUUGAGAACCUGUGAGGCGCCUGUUUCUCAAACUAGACACUAAUGUAUUUGUCCUCUUGCUCAGUUCUGCACCGGGGCCUCCCACUCCACUUUCUAUUCUGGUUAGAGCCAGUUUGUGCUGUUCUUUUGAAGGGAGUAGGACACAGCGUUGUACGAGAUUUUCCGUUUCUUGGCAUUUUCUCGCAUGGAAUAGCCUUCAUUUCUCAGAACAAGAAUAGACUGACGAGUUUCAGAAGAAAGUUAUUUGUUUCUGGCAAUUUGAGCCUGUAAUCAAACCCACAAUUGCUGAUGCUCCAGAUACUCAACAAAUUUCAAGAAGGCCAGUUUUAUUGCUUCUUUAAUCAGCACAACAGUUUUCAGCUGUGCUAACAUAAUUGCAAAAGGGUUUUCUAAUGAUCAAUUAGCCUUUUAAACUGAAACUUGGAUUAGCAAACACAACGUGUCAUUGGAACACAGGACUGAUGGUUGCUGAUAAUGGGCCUGUGUAUGCCUAUGUAGAUAUUCCAUAUUUACAUAUUAAAACAAUGACAUUUCUAAGUGACCCCAAACUUUUGAACGGUAGUGUGUGUGUCUGUGUAUGUGUAUUUUAUACACACACAGCUGAAGUUGGAAGUUUACAUACACCUUAGCCAAAUACAUUUAAACUCAGUUUUUCACAAUUCCUGACAUUUAAUCUUAGUAAAAAUUCCCUGUCUUAGGUCAGUUAGGAUCACCACUUUAUUUAAGAAUGUGAAAUGUCAGAAUAAUAGUAGAGAGAUGAUUUAUUUAAGCUUUUAUUUUCAUCACAUUCCCAGUGGGUCAGAAGUUUACAUACACUCAAUUAGUAUUUGGUAGCAUUGCCUUUAAAUUGUUUAACUUGGGUCAAACGUUUCAGGUAGCCUUCCACAAGCUUCCCACAAUAAGUUGGGUGAAUUUUGGCCCAUUCCUCCUGACAGAGCUGGUGUAACUGAGUCAGGUUUGUAGGCCUCCUUGCUCGCACACGCUUUUUCAGUUCUGCCCACACAUUUUCUAUAGGAUUGAGGUCAGGGCUUUGUGAUGGACACUGCAAUACCUUGACUUUGUUGUCCUUAAGCCAUUUUGCCCUUGGGGUCAUUGUCCAUUUGGAAGACCCAUUUGCGACCAAGCUUUAACUUCUUGACUGAUGUCUUGAGAUGUUGCUUCAAUAUAUCCACAUCAUUUUCCUUCCUCAUGAUGCCAACUAUUUUGUGAAGUGCACCAGUCCCUCCUGCAGCAAAGCACCCCCACAGCAUGAUGCUGCCACCCCCAUGCUUCACGGUUGGGAUGGUGUUCUUCGGCUUGCAAGUCACCCCCUUUUUCCUCCAAACAUAAUGAUGGUCAUUAUGACCAAACAGUUCUAUUUUUGUUUCAUCAAACCAGUGGACAUUUCUCCAAAAAGUAUGAUCUUUAUCACCAUGUGCAGUUGCAAACCGUAGUCUGGCUUUUUUUAUGGUGGUGUUGGAGCAGUGGCUUCUUCCUUGCUGAGCGGCCUUUCAGGUUAUGUCGAUAUAGGACUCAUUUUACUGUGGAUAUAGAUACUUUUGUACCUGUUUCCUCCAGCAUCUUCACAAGGUCCUUUGCUGUUGUUCUGGGAUUGAUUUGCACUUUUCGUACUAAAGUACAUUCAUCUCUAGGAGACAGCACGCAUCUCCUUCCUGAAGUGGUAUGACUGCUGCGUGGUCCCAUGGUGUUUAUACUUGCGUACUAUUGUUUGUACAGAUGAACGUGGUACCUUCAGGCGUUUGGAAAUUGCUCCCAAGGAUGACCCAGACUUGUGGAGGUCUACAAAAAAAAAAUUCUGAGGUCUUGGCUGAUUUCUUUAGAUUUUCCCAUGAUGUCAAGCAAAGAGGCACUGAGUUUGAAGGUAGGCCUAGAAAUACAUCCACAGGUACUGACUCCCGAGUGGCGCAGUAAUCUAAGGCACAGCAUCGCAGUGCUAGCUGUGCCACUAGAGAUGCUGGUUCGAGUCCAGGCUCUGUCGCAGCCGGCCGCAACCGGGAGACCCAUGAGCGGCGCACAAUUGGUCCAGCGUCGUCCAAGGUAGGGGAGGGUUUGGCCGGCAGGGAUGUGGGUUUGUUUCCCACGGGGGGCCAGUAUGAAAAAAUUAAAAUAAAGUAUGCAUUCACUAACUGUAAGUCGCUAUGGAUAAGAGCGUCUGCUAAAUGACUGUAAUGUAAAUGUAGGUACACCUCCAAUUGACUCAAAUGAUGUCAAUUAGCCUAUCAGAAGCUUCUAAAGCCAUGACGACAUUUUCUGGAAUUUUCCAAGCUGUUUAAAGGCAGUCAACUUAGUGUAUGUAAACUUCUGACCCACUGGAAUUGUGAUACAGUAAAUUAUAAGUGAAAUAAUCUGUCUGUAAACAAUUGUUGGAAAAAUUACUUUUGUCAUGCACAAAGUAGAUGUCCUAACCGACUUGCCAAAACUACAGUUUGUUAAUAAUACAUUUGUGGAGUGGUUGAAAAAUGAAUUUUAAUAACUCCAACCUAAGUGUAUGUAAACUCCGACUUUAACUGUGUGUAUAUGUGUGUAUGUGUGUGUGUGUGUGCAAUUACAGAGAUCAUACGUUUCCUGUAGGUCUUGACCAGGUUUGCACACACUGCAGCAGGGAUUUUGGCCCACUCCUCCAUACAGACCUUCUCCAGAUCCUUCAGGUUUCGGGGCUGUCGCUGGGCAAUACGGACUUUCAGCUCCCUCCAAAGAUUUUCUAUUGGGUUCAGGUCUGGAGACUGUCUAGGCCACUCCAGGACCUUGAGAUGCUUCUUACGGAGCCAAUCCUUAGUUGCCCUGGCUGUGUGUUUCGGGUUGUUGUCAUGCUGGAAGACCCAGCCACGACCCAUCUUCAAUGCUCUUACUGAGGGAAGUAGGUUGUUGGCCAAGAUCUCGCGAUACAUGGCCCCAUCCAUCCUCCCCUCAAUACGGUGCAGUCGUCCUGUCCCCUGUGCAGAAAAGCAUCCCCAAAGAAUGAUGUUUCCACCUCCAUGCUUCACGGUUGGGAUGGUUUUCUUGGGGUUUUACUCAUCCUUCUUCUUCCUCCAAACACGGCGAGUGGAGUUUAGACCAAAAAGCUAUAUUUUUGUCUCAUCAGACCACUUGACUUUCUCCCAUUCCUCCUCUGGAUCAUCCAGAUGGUCAUUGGCAAACUUCAGACGGGCCUGGACAUGUGCUGGCUUGAGCAGGGGGACCUUGCGUGCGCUGCAGGAUUUUAAUCCAUGACGGCGUAGUGUGUUACUAAUGGUUUUCUUUGAGACUGUGGUCCCAGCUCACUUCAGGUCAUUGACCAGGUCCUGCCGUGUAGUUCUGGGCUGAUCCCUCACCUUCCUCAUGAUCAUUGAUGCCCCACGAGGUGAGAUCUUGCAUGGAGCCCCAGACCGAGGGUGAUUGACCGUAAUCUUGAACUUCUUCCAUUUUUUAAAUAAUUGCGCCAACAGUUGUUGCCUUCUCACCAAGCUGCUUGCCUAUUGUCCUGUAGCCCAUCCCAGCCUUGUGCAGGUCUACAAUUUUAUCCCUGAUGUCCUUACACAGCUCUCUGGUCUUGGCCAUUGUGGAGAGGUUGGAGUCUGUUUGAUUGAGUGUGUGGACAGGUGUCUUUUAUACGGUAACGAGUUCAAACAGGUGCAGUUAAUACAGGUAAUGAGUGAGAACAGGAGGGCUUCUUAAAGAAAACUAACAGGUCUGUGAGAGCCGGAAUUCUUACUGGUUGGUAGGUGAUCAAAUACUUAUGUCAUGCAAUAAAUGCAAAUUAAUUACUUAAAAGUCAUACAAUAUAAUUUUCUGGAUUUUUGUUUUAGAUUCCGUCUCUCACAGUUGAAGUGUACCUAUGAUAAAAAUGACAGACCUCUACAUGCUUUGUAAGUAGGAAAACCUGCAAAAUCAGCAGUGUAUCAAAUACUUGUUCUCCCCACUGUGUAUAUAUAUAUAUAUAUAUGUUUGUGUAUAUGUAUAUAUGUGUGUAUAUGUAUCAUAUAUUUUUGUAGUGGCGACAACGAUGUAGCAAGGGUGGCCCGCUGCUGCUAAAUGAAUAUAGGGGAAACACUGAAAGUAGUUGGUGUGCAUCCACAUUUUCUAUAUGCAAAUAUCCUAUAUGCCCGUCUUUGGAGAAGCAGAGUGGUGUGAGCACUGAGCAGAUCACUGAAAUGAAUAUACAUUUUUAUUGGUAGGCCCUGGAGUUUGUACUGACCAAGAAAAGCUCUGAGCCAUGUGAGUUUUCCUCUCUCCCUGUAGGGUCACGACCGUGGGGUCAACUGGGCCGCCUUCCAUCCCAGCAUGCCCCUCAUCGUCUCAGGGGCCGACGACCGGCAGGUCAAGAUCUGGAGGAUGAACGGUGAGUGUGUGUAACUGGAUGAUGUAUUGUACCUUCAGAAAGUAUUCACACCCCUUGACUUUUUUCACAUUUUGUUGUUACAGCCUGAAUUUAAAAUUCAUUGAAUUGAGAUUUUGUGUCACUGGCCUACACACAAUACCCCACUUUGUGUGCGACAAUAGUGUUUAACAUGAUUUUUGAAUGACUACCCCAUCUCUGUACCCCACACAUACAAUUAUUUGUAAGGUCCUUCAGUCGAGCAGUGAAUUUCAAACACAGAUUCAACUACAAAGACCAGGGAGGUUUUCCAAUGCCUCGCAAAGAAGGGCACCUAUUGGUAGAUGGGUAAAACAAAAUAAAGCAGACAUUGAAUAACCCUUUGAGCAUGGGGGAGUUAUUAAUUACACUUUGGAUGGUGUAUUAAUACACCACGUCACUACAAAGAUAAAGGCGUCCUAACUCAGUUGCCGGAGAGGAAGGACAUUUCACCAGGGAUUUCACCAUGAGGCCAAUGGUGACUUUAAAACAUCUACAGAGUUUUAUGUCUGUGAUAGGAGAAAACUCAGGAUGGAUCAACAACUUUGUAGUUAUUCUAAUAGGUGGUGGCUGCAUCAUGUUAUGGGUAUGGUUGUCAUGAGCAAGGACUAGGGAGUUUUUUAGGAUAAAAAGAAACGUAAUAGAGCGAAGCACAGGCAGAAUCCUAAAGGAAAACCUGGUUGUCUGUUUUCCAACAGACACUGAGAGACAUUCACCUUUCAGCAAAACAAUAACCUAAAAGAGAAGGCCAAAUAUACACUAGAGUGGCUUACCAAGGUGACAUUGAAUGUUCCUGACUGGCCUAGUUACAGUAAACCGGCUUGAACAUCUAUGGCAAGACUUGAAAAUGGCUGUGUAGCAAUGCUUGACAGAGCUUGAAGAAAGACUCACAGCUGUAAUCGCUGCCAAAGGUGAUUCUAACAUGUAUUGACUAAGGGGUUGAGUAGUUAUCUAAUAAAGAUAUAUAUAUUUUUUUUAUAUGUUAAGAUGUUUCUUCCAGUUCGACAGAAUAUUUAGAGUAGAUCGUUGACAAAAAAAUGACCAGUCCAUUUUAAUCGCACCUAGUAACACAACAAUGUGGAAAAAGUGAAGGGGUGUGAAUACUUUUUGAAGACACUGUACAGGUCCAAUGCAGCCGUUUUUAUAGUGCAUUCAGGAAGUCUUCCCCUUGACCUUUUCCACAUUUUGUUACGUUACAGCCUAAAUGGAUACAAUUAUUUUUUCCCCUCAAUCUACACACAAUACCCUAUAAUGACAAAGCGAAAACAGGUUUGUAGACAUUGUUGCUAUUUUAUAAAAAAUAAACACUUACCUUAUUUACGUAACUAUUCAGACCCUUUGCUAUGAGACUCGAAAUUGAGCUCAAAUGCAUCCUGUUUCCGUUGCUCAUCCUUGAUGUUUCAACAACUUAAUUGAAGUCCACCUGUGGUAAAUUAAAUUGAUUGGAACAUGAUUUGGAUACGCACACACCUAUCUAUAUAAGGUCCCACAGUUGACAGUGCAUGUCAGAGCAAAAACCAAGCCAUGAGGUCGAAGGAAUUGUCCGUAGAUCUCCGAGCCAAACUGAGCAAUCGGUGGAGAAGGGCCUUGGUCAGGGAGGUGACCAAGAACCCAAUGGUCACUCUGCCAGAGCUCCAAAGUUCCUCUGUGGAGAUGGGUGAAACCUUCCAGAAGGACAACCAUCGUUGCAGCACUCAACCAUUCAGGCCUUUAUGGUAGAGUGGCCAGAGGGAAGUCACUCCUCAGUAAAAGGCACAUGACAGCCCGCUUGGAGUUUGCCAAAAGGCACCUGAAGACUCUCAGACCAUGAGAAGAUUCUCUGGACUGAUGAAACCAAGAUUGAACUCUUUGGCCUGAAUGCCAAGCGUCACGUCUGGAGGAAACCUGGCACCAUCCCUAAGGUGAAGCAUGGUGGUGGCAGCAUCAUACUGUGGGGAUGUUCUUCAGCGGCAUUGGACUGGGAGACUAGUCAGGAUCGAGGCAAAGAUGAACGGACUAAAGCACAGAGAUCAUUGAUGAAAACCUGCUCCAGAGCGCUCAUAUCCUCAGACUGGGGCAAAGUUUCACCUUUCAACAGGACAACGACCCUAAGCACACAGCCAAGACAACGCAGGAGUGGCUUCGGGACAGGUCUCUGAAUGUCCUUGAGUGGCCCAGCCAGAGGCCGGACUUGAACCCGAUCGAACAUCUCUGGAGAGACCUGAAAAUAGCUGUGUAGUAAUGCUCCCCAUCCAACCUGACAGAGCUUGAGAGGAUCUGCAGAGAAGAAUGGGAGAAACUCCCCAAAAACAGGUGUGCCAAGCUUGUAGCAUCAUACCCAAGAAGACUCGAGGCUGGAAUCGCUGCCAAAGGUGCUUCAACAAAGUACUGAGUAAAAGGGUCUGAAUAGUUCGGUAAAUGUGGCAUUUUAUUUUUUUUUUUUUUUUUAAUUUAGCAACAUUUUCUAAAAAACUGUUUUUGCUUUGUCAUUAUAGGGUAUUGUGUUUAGAUUGAGGGAAAAAAACAAUUUAAUACAUUUUAGAAUAAGGCUGUAACCUAACAAAAUGUGGAAAAGUAAAAUGGUCUGAAUACUUUCCGAAGGCACUGUAUAUAAAACACAGGACAAUCCCUUUUUUGACUGCACUGGGCCUUAAAAUCAACUUGCAGUGCUAUUUUAAAUAACAUGCUUGUUUGCUGAUUUUUAUUUUUUUCUCCCUAGAUCCUAGCCAUGUCUUUUUCAAGGGAUUUAUAACUUGAUUGUCUUACUUAAUCCCACCUCUCCAGAGUCCAAGGCGUGGGAGCUGGACACCUGCAGGGGCCACUACAACAACGUGUCCUGUGCUGUCUUCCACCCCCGCCAGGAGCUCAUCCUUUCCAACUCCGAGGACAAGAGCAUCCGUGUGUGGGACAUGUCCAAGAGGACUGGCGUCCAGACCUUCCGCAGGGACCACGACCGCUUCUGGGUGCUGGGGGCUCACCCCAACCUAAACCUAUUUGCUGCUGGUAAGUGACUAACGUAUAAUGAUAACAAUGAAUUGAAUUGAUAUGGAGCUUUUUAUUGUGCUCAAAGUAGAUUACAUUGGAAGGCGGAUGGAGGUGGUCGUCUUGACUCUUGACCCACCUCAAAUGCAGAUGGGCACACAUACUGACUAUGCUGCACUUAAUUUCACUCUUUCACUGACCGUGUGUUGUUGAAGACGUGUUAUUAAGUGGAGUGGGUAACCAGGCUGUUUGUCCUCCAGGUCAUGACAGUGGUAUGCUGGUGUUUAAGCUGGAGCGUGAGCGUCCGGCCUAUGCCGUGUACGGCAACAUGCUCUACUAUGUCAAGGAUCGCUUCCUGCGACAGCUCGACUUCAACAGCAGCAAGGACACUGCCGUCAUGCAGCUGCGCAGGUGUGUGUGUGUAUGCAUGCUCAUAUAAUACUGCAAAGUCUGUAUUGUCCUUUAACUGAAUUCUGAAGGAUGAGACUGACUGCUUGCGAGUUUCUAAAAGAAUGUGAGAGGUCAGCUGGUUUUGUCAUUAUGUGAAUUAUAACCACUGUUCUGUUUUUCUACUAGUGGGUCAAAGUUCCCAGUGUUCAGCAUGUCUUACAACCCCGCAGAGAAU